CUGCGGCGCCGCGGCCGCCGCAGUGAUCGGAGAGAGUUGCUUUCGGACGGUCGCACUUUCGGUCGGACGCGCGUUGUUGCAGCUUCGAGAUGGUGUGGCCGCAGGUGCUGGUGGUGCUUUUGUGGGGCGUGCAUGCGAUGCGCGGCUCCGGCCUGCUCGACGCCGAAACCCUCGUCGCCGAAACCAUCGGCGACGCCGUCAAACUGCAACACCUGCACCACCACCAGAACGUGCACCACCACAAACACGCCGACCACGUCAAAGGCGAAACGGUGUGCUCAUGCAAUCACAACAGCUGCGUCACCACCAAUUACAUGUGCAAGACGCGUCUCGACGCGGGAUGCUUCUUCAUGAAGAACAAAACGGUCACCAGCUACGGAUGCGUCGACCAGCUGUCCGAGUAUGAGAGGUUGACGUGCAAGAUCCACCCGACCCUUCCGAAGACGAGGGGCCACGUGGAGUUGAUGUGCUGUCAGCAGGACAUGUGCAACUACGAGAUCAUCAAGGGCAACUUUGGUUCAGACAUGACCGAGAGCCUGAGCGGAACGCCGCCGCCGUACCUGGACGAGUUCUGGCUGAAAGUGGCGCUGAUCGCGGUGCCGCUGUGCGGCGGCGUCAUCCUGGUGGUGCUGGUGGUGCUCGCGUGCCGAAUCCUGCAGCGCGACUCCAAGUACGGGGAGGCGCACCUGCGGUCGGGCUACUCGCAUUGCCGCGACUCGGACCCUGGCAACGCGAACCGCCACUCGAAGGCGCGCCUGCUGCUGCUGGACGACGCGACGCCCUCCUGCGGAGACAAGCCGCGCAUCUACAAGGGCCCGCAGGACCCCAAGGUCAUCACGUGGGUCAUCGCGUCGCAGCACGGCGACAAGCCCAGCGCCGUCUGAACACGGUUGUGGGACACUUACGCUACUUUCUUGUGAUAAAUAGUCAUUAAUUGCGAGUGGACGACGACUGUGUGUGCACCAAGAGUGGACAAAUAAAAGCUGCCUUAGAGAGGAGGGAAUCGGCCAGCAAUUGUGUUUCUGCCACGCGACUGAUUAUUAUUUUUCUAUUGCGCGCUCUUUGAUUGUUGUUUGACAAGUAAAAUUAGGGGUCAUGUGAUACACGGUGAGAAGCCAUGCCAUUCCCAGGUACUUAAUACAAUACAAAAUCUGUUAAUUUUGUGGCCAAAUUCAACACACACUCUGGCGGUGAUUCAAGUGGGGCAAUCUUGCUGAUCUGAUUCCAGUUUUGAAUCUCGACGGUCCGGUGGAAAUGUUUACUUGAGAAAUCUCUCGGCACAGCUAAAAGUUUGUCUCUCCAAAAGUAAAAAUGAGAUUGAGCGAGUGAGUUUUGUACAUAACUACUGUAAAACGGCAACAACCGCUCUUAAGUACUUGAUGUAAAUAUAUACAAUGUAAAUUGCUACGACACGUGUGUGUUGUCUUGAUUAAUUAAGACUAGGCAAGUCAGUAAGUUUAGAUCCUGAUUGUUGACUUGACGCAUCUCUUCGUCAGACUUUAAAAUAAAAAAAACUUGCCAGUUAAAUUCAUCAAUGUUGAAAACAAAAAUUUCCUAUAUACUGAGAACGAAUACAUAGUGCCUCACUUAUUGUCAGAGGUGAUUCAGCGUUGUGUCAAAAACCAUGCUAUUUUAAUACUUGAGAGAAUCGCAGAAAUAUAUUAUUGUACUACUACUUCCAAUUAUUUAUUACGGAUGUAUCGUCAACAAGAAUAAAAAAAACACACAUGUAAAUUGCA